GUUUGUUUUAAGUUUAUUAAAAAAAUAAGAAUAAAUGAGUCAAUUAUGUGUUUAGAGUUCGAAAAAUAAUUUGACAUUGUAAAUGAAAGUUAAAAUGAAAAUAUUACUAUACAUGAAAUUUGACCUAAUUUAGACUGUGAGUGUCUUUGAUUUAAUGAAGCAAUUUGGUGACAAACUUUAUCACAUUGGAAAGUUUUCAUGUGACCUAAUCUAAGAGACUGAGUGUCUUUGAUUUAAUGAAGCAAUUCACACUGGAAAGUACCGCCAAAAAUGUUGUUCAGAAAAGAGAGAUGCUCAAUUUUGAAGAACGGAAAAAGUGAAGGCGAGGAUAGAGGGAAGAGGCAAUCAUGUUCAUUGGUACUCAAAGAUAACCUUUAUACAGAUAAACAACCUCUAUGCAUCCACAACGUGUGAAUGCAAGAGAUCUCCUCACGUCCUUGCUCUGUCAUUGCUCCAGCGUUAAGCACCUAUCGCAAAUCUAUGGCUUCAUGGUUCCAAGAGGUCUCGAUCAGGACGCCCUCCUUCUCAGCAAAUUCAUCCAUGCUUGCUCUACAAUGGGCUUUUUGGGUUAUGGGUUUUCGGCUUUCACUCACCAUACCCACCAACCAGACAUUUACCUUCACAACACUAUGAUCAAGGCUCUUUCUCGCCAACCACACACUGCCAAAGAUGCCAUCUUUCUCUAUAAUCAGCUUCAAGCUCUCGGUUUGCGUCCCGACAGUUACUCCCUUCCGUUUGCCCUGAAGGCUGUGGUCAGUCUACCUGCUGCGAUCCAAGUGGGUAGAGAGAUUCACUGUCAAGCCAUCGGCACCGGCUUAGACUGUGAUGUUCAUGUGGGAACGGCUCUCAUUCAAAUGUAUUCCACGUGUGGUUGCGUCUCUGACGCUCGCAAGCUGUUUGACGGAAUGUGCAUUAGAGACGUGGCCUCUUGGAAUGCAAUGGUUGCUGGGUAUGCCAAGGUUGGUGAGGUGGACAGUGCUCGCAACUUGUUUGAGUGCAUGCCCGAGAGGAAUGUGAUUUCUUGGACUACUGUAAUUGCAGGCUAUGUUCAGGUGGAUCGGCCCAGUGAAGCAAUACUUGUCUUUCGGAGAAUGCAGCUUGAGAAUGUGGAGCCUGAUGAGGUUGCGGUGUUGUCUGCGCUCUCAGCUUGUGCCCAUUUGGGGGCCCUUGAGUUGGGUGAGUGGAUCCAUAACUAUAUUGACAAACACAGAUUGCGUAAGACUAUACCCCUUAGCAAUGCCCUUAUUGACAUGUAUGCAAAGUCAGGCAACAUAAAAAAGGCAAUAGAUGUUUUCGAAAACAUGAAUGAUAGAAGCGUUAUAACUUGGACGACAAUAAUUGCUGGGCUGGCAUUACAUGGGCUUGGAAGAGAAGCUCUUGAAAUGUUUACUCGCAUGGAAAAGGCUCACAUUAAGCCAAACAGUGUCACUUUGAUUGCUGUCCUUUCUGCUUGUAGCCAUGUUGGGUUUGUUGAAAUGGGUCGCUGGCAUUUCUACAGUAUGGAGUCAAGGUAUGGGAUUAAACCAAAGAUCGAGCACCAUGGAUGUAUGAUCGAUUUACUAGGACGUGCUGGUUGCCUCCAAGAAGCACAGGAAAUUGUUAGGGAAAUGCCAUUUGAAGCAAAUGGAGUUAUUUGGGGGUCCCUUCUUGCCGCCUCUAGAAUCCAUGGGGAUGUUGAGCUUGGGGAAAGAGCUUUGCAACACCUAACCAGGGUGGAGCCCCAUAAUAGUGGAAACUAUACAAUUUUAUCUAAUAUAUAUGCCACUGUUGGUCGGUGGAAAGAAGCUGGGAUCAUUCGGAAGGUGAUGAGGGAUAAAGGCCUUAAGAAGAUGCCGGGUGGGAGUUCCAUUGAAGUGAAUAACAGAGUUAAUGAAUUCAAUGCCGGAGACAGAUCACAUCCUCAAUCUGAGAGGAUAUACAAAGUUCUGUCCCUCAUAAACAAACAGUUGAAGAUGGCAGGGUAUGCGUUGCAUGAAUUUGAUGAGGGAUCAGGAUGUUGCUCAUCUUCUAUUGUGCACGAUCUUGUUUAAAAUUCGGUUUGAGUAAGGACAUUGCAAGAUAAUCAGCUGAGGUUACAACCAAUUUCUUGUUGGAGAUUGACCAAGUAAAUUCAGUUCACUUUGAGAAGGGGUACUUUUCAACCAACUGAGAUCUACCUAUAGAACAUGUUUGCAAAAAAGGUAGAGAAUAUUGACUUUUCGAGCAGUGGCAACUUUUUUCGCAUUAUAAGAUCAACUCAAGGACUUGGCUUGACAUCUUGGUUGUUUGCAUGGAGCUUUUCUGCAUCAAUUUUAUAUUGCCACUCAGUUAAUGGCAGGUACCAUGACUCAAGAAAGAUAGCUGUUCUAUGUAUGUUUGGAAGCUUGGCGUCUACUUGAAAAGCUAGCUUUAUGAAAUGUUACUUCUUGGAUUUGGUGCCGAAAUCUUCACCAAACUGAGCAAAAUUUGAUGAAUUUCAGUACAAUGGUCAGUGUGAACCUUUUCUGGUUCAGAUACCUGUAAG